GAUGAAGGUGCACCGACCAAGAUCGCAGAUAUGCCUUGGAUCGUUGAGAUUGGCCAUGGUUGUGCUUGCCGCUUCUCCAGGAUCUCCUCGACUACAAUCGCGACUUCCUUCUGAACGCUGAAGAUCUCAUAUCGGAGGUCGCCACUUCCUGCUCCAAAGUCUUCUCAGAAUGGCCACAGACACUAUCAAUCUUGUUGCCUACCUGCAACUCAUCUGCAAGGUGACGCAUCAACGACGUACCCCAGCAUCAAUUACGAUAAGCAGUUUACUUCUUUGGUCCAUAUAAGCGGGUACAGGUCUCUCAACCAGACCUCCACUGAGGAAGACAAAAUGCCCGCUGAGGCACCAGACUACCCGAGUCCUUCGAGCGAGCGAGUCACUCCUUUUUUAAUCUACCUACUUUUUUUCGCUACCCUUGGCCCUCUUCAAUUCGGGUACCAUCUUGGAGAACUCAAUGCCCCCGAAAGCGUCAUCAGAUGUGAAGUGCGAAGACUCCCAACUUACGAUAUCCUUGGCUUGCCGCAAUGUAUCCACAUGUCCAAUGCCCAAUGGGGCAUGAUUCAGUCUCUCUUCACCAUCGGUGGCUUAAUUGGCGCUCUCUUUAGCGGCCCUAUCGCCACCAGAUGGGGUCGAUUGUUCGCUUUACGGUUGCUUACAUUCUUUCUCGCUGGCGGUCCCAUCGCCGAGGCCCUCGCUGGGAGGAUCUGGGUGUUGGCUCUCGGCAGAGCAAUUUCUGGGGUUGGCGCAGGCGCAGCUACCGUGGUUGCUCCCAUCUACAUUUCUGAAAUUUCACCAAAUGACAAGCGAGGUCUUUUCGGUGCUUUCACCCAGGUUCAAAUCAAUUUUGGGAUUGUCGUUGCACAGUUGCUCGGUUAUUUCUUGUCCAAGGACUCGAAAUGGAGGUGGAUUCUUGCCACGGCCGGAUUCGUUGCCGCGUUCGCCUUCUUUGGGCUACUCUUUGCCAACGAAACCCCCACCUGGCUUGCUUCAAAGAAUCAACCUCGUGCUGCACGAACGGUUCUCCAGCGUCUUCGGGGUCGGGAUGCCGACAUCAGAGCUGAGGUUGACACUUGGCAUAUCUCAGGUGCAGGUGAACAAGAGCCUCUUCUCGGGCAUAAGAAUCCUGCUGGCACAACGGAAGAUCACCUACAAACGAAAUCAUUCUUGGAUGUAGUCAGGAUCCAAAAAUAUCGCAGAGCCGUCGUCGCUGUCAGCGCCUCAAUGGUUGCACAACAACUCACCGGAAUCAACGCAGUCAUUAUGUACAGUGUCUCUAUUUUGGGAGGCAUCAUGCCUCACAAGGCUGCUUUGGUCACCAUCAUUGUUUCGGCUGCCAAUGUUGCUGUGACCCUGCUCUUUUCUCCUUUGCCUGACAAAGUUGGGAGGAGGAAGACGCUACUUGCCUCCAUCAUGGGCAUGGGGAUUGCUUCAUGCUUGCUUGCCGACGGACUGUCAAGAAAUCAGCGCCCACUCACCAUCGUGGGAGUUGCGCUGUUCGUUUGCAGCUUCGGCCUCGGAUUAGGACCAGUCCCAUUUAUCUUGGCCAGUGAACUUGUCGGACCAGAGGCGGUCGGCGCGACAUCGAGCUGGGCACUUGCUCUCAACUGGCUGUCCACCUUUUUGGUUGCGCAGUUUGUGCCUAUUCUCAACGCGCAACUGCCGCCUGGCCACUUGUUUUGGAUCUUUGCUGGUAUCUCGACGUUUUUCUACCUGUUGUUGGCCUUCCUUGUUCCGGAGAGCAAGGGAAUGGCGAAUGCGGACCAAGUCUGGUCCAACCAUCGUGGGGGCUUCGUGAGAGGCAUUUUCCGCAGUGUGCGACGCUGAUGUUGGGGCAAUAUGAAGAUGGCAUUGUCAUCUGAUGGAUUCGGCCUGGUGCCAGAUCGUCUCGUGUCCAUCGUGUCCUGGCUGAGAGUUGUUGUGGCUUGUUGGGGGAGUGGAUAAUCGAUUGAUGAUGGGAGGAAUACCCUGUAUUAUUAUUUCAAUGUAUCAUUAGACUGUGGCGUUUUGUACGGAUUCGGGCAUCAUCCCUAAGUACCUAAGAUAUCCCUAGGUCG